UGCUUUUAUUGCUUCUUCAUUUUCUUCCUCGUUUGCUUCGUCCCCGCGGCGACAACCUCUCCACCACGGCCGAAGUCCACUCAGCGUGAGCGCUUCCACGCCCCAAUCCCUCCCCACCCCACCCAGCCCACGCUUGUCCUCCUCCUCCUCCGCCGGCUGCGAUGAUGAAGGACAAGAUGAAGGAUUUCAUGAAGAAGGUCACCUCCUCCGGGACCCCCUCCUCCUUCAAGGGCACCUCCCACGUCCUCGGCUCCGGCUCCGGCUCCGGCCCCUCCCCCUCCUCCUCCCACCCCACUUCCCGCCCCACAAACCCUACCCCUAACCCCAGGCCCGCCCCCAAGCAGCCAUCGCCACCUCCCCCGCCCGCGCCAGCCGAUUUCACCCCCUUCACGCCCCUCAUCUCCUCCUCCUCCUCCUCCUCCCGCCGCCCCGACGCGAAAGGCGCCGCGGCCGCACCCACCGUCGCGUGCCCGAGCUGCGGGGACGCGUUCCGGUCCGAGCUCGCGGUCUCCGAGCACCUCGACGGGUGCCUCGCGUCGGCGGGGGGCGCCCGCGCGCGCGCCGCCGCGUAUCUCGCCGCCGACCCGCCCCCGCCCGCGGCUGCAGUGGAGGUGCUCAAGCGCCUGCUGGGCAACCUGCUCCGGGAGCCCGGGAGCGACAAGUUCAGGCGGGUGAGGCUGGGCAACCCGCGGAUCAAGGAGGCCGUGGCGGACAGGGAGGGCGGGUUGGAGCUCCUCGAGGCCGUCGGGUUCCGGGUCGGGGAAGAGGGAGGGGAGCUCUUCGCGGUGAUGGACGAGGUGCCCGGCGACGCGAGGCUCAGCGGGAUCAGGAGGGCCGUGCUCUUGCUCGAGAGGGCACACCCCUCGGCAUCACCAGCUCAGGUGGAGACGGACUCCAAGGAGAGCCGCAACAACGGGGUUGAUGGGCAGCAGGAGGCCAGCAAGACCAUUGAUCGACAGAUUCGGGUAUUCUUCUCUGUUCCUGGGAGUUCUGUUGCAGAUAGUGAUGUACCAGAUUCUUUUUACAAUCUUAGCGGAGAGGAGAUAAGAAAUGAAGCAAGGAUGAGAAGGGAAAGGUUAGAGCAAUCUCGACUGCUAAUUCCAAAAUCUUACAAGGAGAAGCAGGCAUUGGCUGCUCGACAGAAGUAUAAGCAAGCAGUAAUCCGAGUUCAGUUUCCAGAUAGAGUGAUUCUUCAGGGUGUAUUCCUUCCAGGGGAGGCCACUGGUUCACUAUAUGAGUUCGUCGCAUCUGCUCUGAAGCAGCCAGGUUUGGAAUUCGAGCUCAUCUGUCCAGCUGUUCCUAAGCCGCGCGUGGUACCACAUUUCCCAAAACUGGGGGAGCGGGCGCGCACACUGCAAGAGGAGGACCUGGUCCCUUCCGCGCUCCUCAAGUUCAAGCCCAAGGAGACGGAUUCCGUCGUGUUCACCGGUCUGCUUGACGAGCUUCUCCAAGCCAGCGAGCCACUUCCUGCUGCGUAGCAAUGAACUGUGCGUAUAGGAGUUAAUUGGAUGGGCGUCUGACUGCCAUUGCCCGCGAACUGAUGUUGUCGAUUUUCCUGCCGUGGUUUCGUUACAUCAGACUUAAAACAGGGUUGCAGCCAACAGGAUUACUCUAGUCUGGAUACCUGAUACUGCAUUAUACCUACUGUAAUUGCCUGCCGGACAUUGCGGCAAGGCUGCUCAAGAGCCCGUAAGGCCCAUGUUGAGCCGGAUCUUAAGUGGGCCGGGCUCAAAUGUAAAGCUACAAUAUACAUGGAAAGAACAUUAGUUAGUUUUGGCUUUUGUGUGAACACUUAAUUUGUCCGGGCUGCCAAAAGGCCGGUCCGUUUCCGUCUUGA